CGCGCAUGCGGAAGUUGUCUUCCGGCUCAAAAAAUUUAGCGAUCGACGCAAAAUUUUCAUUUUAUCCGUAAUAUUUGCCCAUCAGUUAUGCUUUACCAUCUAAAUUAUUGAUGGUAAGCGUAUUGGUUCACGCUGGAGUAUACAGACGUGACAGAUAGUUCUUCCCUCUAUACUGGGUUAACAUCAUUGAGCUUGGAGGAGGUGCAGGGAGCGGCACACACACCUCAUCGUCGAAGUCACGACAGUAGGAUGCCACCUAGACGUAAGAGACGCUCACCAGCCUUGGAGGACCAGAAAACUAAACGCCCUAGAACAAGUACCAAGAGGGGCAGCAAGGCAGACACAGACACAUCAUUUAGCUCAAAACGCUGCAUAGCUUGGUACCAUGAAUAUUCAGAUCCUAACGAUGACAUUAUCGGACCUGAGGGAAUGGAAAAGUUCUGUGAGGAUAUUGGAGUUGAACCAGAAAAUAUUGUAAUGCUAAGUCUAGCAUGGAAACUAGAAGCCAAACAGAUGGGAUUCUUCACUCUGGCUGAAUGGUUAAAGGGAAUGACUGAGUUACAAGUAGACAGUAUAGGAAAAAUGCAGGGUAGACUGGAGUACCUACGUUCACUUAUAGAUGAGCCUACAGCCUUUAAAAAUAUAUACAGAUAUGCCUUUGACUUUGCUAGGGACAAAGACCAGCGAAGCAUGGAUAUAGACACUGCCAAAGCUAUGUUAGCUCUAGUACUAGGCCGUCAUUGGCCACUCUUUCCUAGCUUCCACCAGUAUCUAGAACAAUCAAAGUACAAGGUGAUCAAUAAAGAUCAGUGGAGUAAUGUGUUGGAGUUUAGUAGGACCAUACUACCAGAUAUGUCUAAUUAUGAUGAAGAUGGAGCUUGGCCAGUUAUGUUAGACGAAUAUGUAGAAUGGUAUAAAGACCAACAAGCUAAGGCAUGACAACAGCUCAAUGUUGGGACUGCUCAACUAUCUCUGCAACUUAAGAGUGUUACUCUAUGAUGUCAUAUGACAUUGUGAUGUCAUGCACUGAGACAAUGUUACCAUUUGGUGUCAUGAUCAACCAGACAAUGUAACCAUGUGAUGCCAUUUAUGAGAGAGUGUUACUUUUUUGAUGUCAUGCAAUAAGACAGUGUU